GGGCUGCAGUUUUCUGUGGGGAAGGUGAGAAGUACAGCGGGGGCUGGGAAUAGAGAGAGACAGACCGGGGUGGGGGGGUGUGCAGAUCGUGCCCUGGGAGCUGACAGUCGCCCAGAUUCCUCCCGGGCCCCGCUGCUCCUCUGGAGAGGGUCAGGGGCAGGAAACAGCCCGAAGACAGAGGCAUUUCUGAGAAGUUUCUACUGGGAUUAGAGAGAGGAGGUGGAGGUCAAAACUCAGAAAGAAACGGGACUUUCUGGUGUUGGGCGAUGGGGCUGGAGGGUCGCUGACCCAGUUUAAGUUGGGAACGCGAUCCGCGAUCACCUUUGACCAUGGAAAACGCAGCUGCUUCCGGGCGGCCUGGGACCAGUGCCGCUGCUGGGAUCCGGGAAUACAAGAUAGUGAUGCUGGGGGCCGGAGGAGUUGGGAAGAGUGCAAUGACAAUGCAGUUUAUCAGCCACCGUUUCCUCGACUACCACGACCCGACUAUCGAGGAUGCUUACAAAACACGAGUUCGGAUUGACGAUGAGUCAGCACAUCUGGAUAUUUUGGACACAGCUGGACAGGCAGAGUUCACUGCCAUGAGGGACCAGUACAUGCGAGGAGGGGAAGGCUUCAUCAUCUGUUACUCCAUCACCGAUCGCCGCAGUUUCCAGGAGGUGGUGGAGUUCAAGCAGCUGAUUUACCGUGUGAGGCAUACCUACGACAUCCCAGUGGUGCUGGUGGGGAACAAGUCAGAUCUCUGCAAUCUCCGGCAGGUGUCAAAGGAGGAGGGCACGGUGCUGGCUCGAGAGUUCAACUGUCCAUUCUUCGAGACCUCGGCUGCUCUCCGCUACUUCAUCGAUGACGUGUUCCAUACCAUGGUGCGGGAGAUCCGCCGGAAGGAGAAGGAAGCCCUGCUGGCACAGGAGAGACUCAGUAAGGUCAAAAACAGCGUCUGGAAGAGACUGAAGGGACCCUUCCGAAGGAAAAAGGACUCUGUGACGUGAAGCGUGGUGCGGGGAGGGGAUGGGGCGGUUUUGGUAAAAACUCUGGGGAAACUGCGGCCUCCUUCCCCCAUGCCCUCAACCUCUCAGCCCCCAUCCCAGGCAAAUAGCCACAAGGACUCUGUCCAAAGGACUGGGCUGGAGGUCAAUUCCACAUUGCAGUUUCCUAACUCAGCGGUACGGUUCUUCCACUCACCCCACCCAACCCCAACCCACCAGCUCGCCUGCUCUCCAAUGACCGAAUGGCCUCAACUCGAUGGAACAGGACCAAUGGCACAUAGGAGUCAGGCUCCCAUUUGUACUUAGGCCUCUCUGUACCACCCCUUACCCACUUCUCUCUCUCUCUCUCUCUCCCCCCCCACCCCCCCCACAUACCCACAACACUUACAACCACUUCCUGUUCAAGGCACACAGCAUUCCCAUCAAACACUCCCGGGGCCAGGGAGGGCACAGGGUUAGAUACAGAGUAAAGCUCCCACUACACUGUCCCCCGCCAUCAAACACUCCUAGGGUCAGAGAGGGCACGGGGUUAGAUACACAGUAAAGCUCCCACUACACUGUCCCCCCCCAUCAAACACUCCCAGGACACGGACAGAGUGAAUCUCCCUCUACGCUAUUCUGUGCCUCAAUCUCACGGGCGACCAUUAAUCAGAGAUGAUGAUGAUGAUGAACUAAUCAAUGACGACCCAUUCCCACUAGCCAGGUACGAGCCCUGGCUCCCUGGCCCUGUCCAGGGGAAUCCUCGCAUCACUGACAGCUGCUGAGUGUGAGGUGGUUUUCUCCUUCCCCUGUCACGCUCCCGUGGAAUUCCUCUGCAGUCUUUGAGGAGCUGCUGCCUAUCUUGUUCCAUAGGCCUGCACGUAUCUCUGAACCCUGUGCCCUUGUGGCGAGGCUGCAGAUGUCACGGGUGUUCAUUGCCCAAGCGACUCCAGCCAAGCCCCUCACCAGCGACAGGUGUAAGGGCAUGGAGAGUGAGCUGGCCGACAGGGGGUGGCGAAGUCAAGGCUUGCUUGCAAAAGCACAGAGUUUUAAUGUCUCAUGCACUUUUGCUGCUUUCUCUCUGUUGAACUGACUGUCUAUGGAAGUUCUUUGAUGUAACACUGUGGCUUUUGAGGAUGCUUGACUAUUAAAUUAAGGUAAAAAAAUGGCAAGGACAAAAGCAAAACUAAUCAAGGAGCACUUUCUCUGGAGCCAGUCUGAAUGCUGAUGGGCAGAAGGCCCUGCCCCUGUGCUGAGGGAUGUCUGGGUGAGCGAGUGGCAACGUUGAGACUACAGUGCCUGUUGGUAGAUCAGCUUCCCAGAGACACACAGCUUCUGAGAAUAAACUCCAGGGCUGGCUCUCCGAGGUCCCCAGCACAGUACACAAGGCUCUUCAGCCCAUCGAGUCUGUGCUGGUCAAAAGCCACCUAUUACAGUCCCAUUUUCCAACACUUGGCCCAUUGCCUUGGGACCACAAGUGUACAUCUAAAUACUUCUUCAAUGUUACUGCCUUUUACAGGCUGUAAGCUGUGAUUUCCCAGCCCGGUCUAAACCUCCUGCCCGUUCCCUUAAAUCCACGUUCCCCCACGUCCCUCCUGGGGAGAGCUCCUUUCUGUCUAACCCUGUCAAUGCCCCUCAAUUUCACACCUUUGGGGUUACCAUUGUUCAGAAACUCAACUGGACUUGCCACGAGCACAGUGGCUACAAGAGCAGGUUAGACGCUGGGGAUCCUGUGGUGAGUAACAUACCUCCUGACUCCUCAAAGCCUGUCCCACCCUCUCCAAGGCCACGUGCCUGGAUGAGUGUAGCCCCCAACAACAAGCUCAAUGUCAUUCAGGACAAAGCAGUCCAUUUGAGUGGGACCACAGCCACAAGCGUCCACUCCCUCUCAGUAGCCGCAGUGUGUACCUUCUACAAGAUACGUUGCAGAAAGUCACCAAAGACUCUCAGACAGCACCUUCCAUACUCACAACCACUUCCAUCUAGGACAAGAGCAGCAGAUACAUGGGAACAGCACCACCUCCAAGUUCCCCCUAGGCCACUCACCUUCCUGACUUGUAAAUAUAAUCGUUCCUUCACUGUCACUGGGUCAAAAUCCUGGAACUCCCUCCCUAAGGGGCAUUGAGGGUCAACCCAGUGCAGGUGGGCUGCAGCGGUUCGAGAAGACAGCUCACCCCCACCUUCUCAAGGGGGCAACUUGGGACAGGGGGCAAUCAGUGCUGGGCCUAGAUAGCAACAGCCUCGUGCCAUGAAUGAAUAAGAUUAAAAUCUUAAUCACAGCCCCAUCUCAGUCCAUGGGGAGGGAGCAGAGUUAACAAUGUGUGUCCAGUUACCCUUCUCUCCUGCACAGAUGCUGCCAGACCCACUGGGUUUCUCCAGCAAUUUCUGAUUCUGGUAUCCAACAGGCACUGUACCUUGUUUUAUUCUGUCUGUCUAACCACUGCUUGGAGGUUCUGGUCAGCUGGGGCCUCAUUUUAAAACAGAACCUCAAACCGUUUUGGUUGCUGAAUUAUGACUUGCAAAUAUGAAACAGCUUGGAGUUAGGUAAACAAGAUCAGCGAGGUGUGACUGUGAGAGAAAUGAACUUGUGAGCA